AUGGUAGUUUUGUUGGAGCCUUUCCAGAAUUUUGAUAAAGCUCAAUCUUACAUGCGGGCUCUUCACUUUGAUAAUGUAAUAUCUAAUGAAGAAGUUGGUGGGAAAAUAUGGGUAUUGUGGAUGAAUGAUUUAACUAUACAGAUUAUUCGGAUGACAUCGCAGUUCUUGUCUUUAAGUAUAGCUAAGGGUCAGUUUCAGUUUUUGGGUAACUUUAUUUAUGCAAAGUGUAAUAUGAUGGAUAGGCGGGUUUUAUGGGAGGACUUGAGGUGGAAUAGUAUGAAUGAGGAUCCUUGUUUGUUUGCUGGCGACUUUAACAUUAUUUGUAUGGAUUUGGAAGGGAGGGGUGGUCGUUCUAGGCCAAUAGCAGCAAUGGAUCAUUUUAACCAAUGGAUUCAUGAGGGUGAUUUAAUUGAUUUAAGUUCACAUAGUAGUAAAUUUUCUUGGUGUAAUGGUCAGAGUGGAUUAGCUAGAGCUUGGGCUAAGCUGGAUCGUGUUUUAUUGGAUGCUAAUUUAAUGUCUUUUUUCCCUAAUGCAUCUUGUUCGUAUUUACCAAGGACGACUUCGGAUCAUUGUUCCAUGCUGAUAGAACUUCUUAAGGAUCCUUAUUCCUAUGGUCCUCCUCCAUUUAGAUUUCAACAAAUGUGGGUUGAGCACCCAGAAUUUAUAGAUUUUGUAAAGCAGGUGUGGUCUGUGCCGGUGGUUGGGACAGGUCUUGUUAAUCUUGCUUUUAAGCUUAAAAAGGUUAAGGUGGCUCUUUGUGAAUGGAAUAAGUGGGUGUUUGGUAGGACCAAUGCUCAUAUUGAAUCUUUGGAAGUGAAGGUUGAGGGUCUUGAAGGGUGUCUGCAAAGAGAGUGGGAUAUAGUUGCCGAGAGGGAGCUUGUGGUGGCCUCGGUUGAGUUGUCCUCUUGGAGAUGUAGGGAAGAUAUCAGAUUAGCUCAAAUGGCUAAAAUAAAAUGGAACAUGGAAGCUGAUCGUAAUGCUAAAUUUUUUCAUGUGUGA